AUGGCGGAGGUGGCGGAUGUGAGUGAGGCCCGGAGCCGGGAGCAGCUGGCGCUGUGGGAGCGCGGCCCGGGCUCCAGCGCCCCGCUCACCGACACCCAGCAGCGCAGUGUUGCCGAGCUCCGGCCCGCCGCUGACAGCACGCCCUUGCCGGCCGAGUUGCCAAUUGAGGACCUUUGCAGUCUGACAUCUCGAUCUAUCACUGUCCCUCUAACUGCUGUUGUUCCUGAAUCCACCGAGGAUAUUCUUCUGAAAGGAUUUACUGCACUGAACAUGGAAAAUGAGAAAAUUGAAACUGCGCAACAGUUCUUUUCCUGUUUCUCCAAAAUUCAGACACAAAUGGAUCAAGAUGAAGGAACAAAAUACAGAGAAUUGAGGGGUUAUCUAUAUGGCUUUCAGGAGCAGUGCAAUGCAAUACUGAAUGAUGUAAACACAGCCUUGUUACAUUUGGAGUCUUUGCAGAAGCAGUAUCUAUUUGUAUCAACUAAGACGGGUACACUUCAUGAAGCCUGUGAACAACUCCUAAGGGAGCAGUCGGAGCUAGUAGACCUCGCUGAGAAUAUUCAGCAGAAGCUUUCGUAUUUCAACGAGUUGGAAAACAUAAACACAAAACUGAAUUCACCCACGCUGUCUGUGAACAGUGAAGGAUUUAUACCGACGCUGGCUAAACUGGAUGACUGUAUAACUUAUGUAUCAUCACAUCCUGGCUUUAGAGAUUAUCCCGUUUAUUUAGCAAAAUUUAAGCAUUGCCUAUCCAAAGCUAUGUACCUUAUGAAAACAUAUACUGUGAACACACUUCAGAACCUUUCCAUUCAACUAACGAAAAGGGAUCCCUCCGUUAUAUCGAACACUGACAAUGCCUUUACAUUGUUUUAUGUAAAAUUCAGAGCUGCAGCACCAAAAGUGCGGUCUCUGAUUGAACAAAUUGAACAAAGAACCGAUAAAAGCCCUGAGUAUCAACAGCUCCUGAGCGAGGUCCAUCAGUGUUACCUGGAUCAGAGGGCGUUCCUGCUGGGUCCAAGCAUUGCCUCUACUAUUGUUGACCUGACCAGCCAAAGCAACAAGGAUCACUGUGCUCUGGUUCGCAGUGGCUGUGCUUUUCUGGUCCAUGUUUGUCAGGAUGAGCAUCGGCUAUAUAAUGAAUUUUUUACCAAACCAACAACCAAACUAGACGAGCUGUUGGUGAAGCUGUGCACCUUGUGGUAUGAUGUGUUUCGACCGCUCAUCAUCCAUGUUAACCACCUGGAGACUUUGGCGGAGCUGUGUGGAAUUUUAAAGAAUGAAAUGCUCGAGGACCAUGCACAGAACAAUAUGGAGCAGCUGGGUGCAUUUUCUACAGUGGCAAAGCAGAUGCUGGAAGAUGUACAGGAGCGUCUCAUGUACAGAACCCAUAUCUACAUUCAGACUGACAUUCUGGGCUAUAAACCAGCAGCCGGUGACCUGGCCUACCCUGACAAACUCGAAAUGAUGGAGCAAAUUGCACAGAGUUUGAAGGACGAGCAAAAGAAGCUGCAUGCUGCAGCUGAUUCCUCAUUGGCUGAAGUUCAGCUAGAAGAUCCUGAUUCUGAAAACGUCAUCAAAUCAGGUAACCCAGAUGUUCUGAAAUCUCGGCCACAGUCGUCCAUUUCCCCAGCAGAUUUGCAUGGCAUGUGGUACCCAACAGUUCGCAGGACAUUGGUUUGUCUCUCAAAACUGUACAGAUGUAUAGAUCGGAUGGUGUUUCAAGGUCUAUCGCAAGAAGCCUUGUUUGCUUGUAUACAGUCAUUGCUCGGGGCUGCCGAUUUAAUCACCAAAAACAAGACUCUGACAGAUGGACAGCUCUUCCUUAUCAAGCACCUUUUGAUCCUUCGGGAACAGAUUGCUCCUUUCCACACUGACUUUGCCAUUAAGGAAAUUUCCCUGGACCUUAAAAAGACUAGAGAUGCAGCUUUUAAAAUGCUGAAUCCCAGGUCCGUUCCCAGACUAUUCAGACUAAGCAGCAACAAUUCCAUCCUUGAAUUCCUGCUUGAGGGAUCUCCAGAGAUCAAGGAACACUACCUAGACUCGAAGAAGGAAGUCGACCGUAAUUUGAAGUCUGCCUGUGAAAAAUUUAUUCAGUACCAAACCAAACUCUUUGUAGGACACCUGGAAGAGUUCAUGACCAAAGUAUCAGCGUUAAAAGCCAUGGGUCAUCAGGGAGGGCCGAAAUACAGCCUCGCUCAACAGCCCUGGGCACAGCCAGCAAAAAUCAAUGAUUUGGUGGCUUCCACGUACAAAACAAUUAAAGACAAGCUACCUGUGACUUUGAGAAGUCUGUCCUUGUAUUUGUACAAUAAAGAUACAGAGUUCGUCCUAUUUAAACCUGUGCGGAGCAACAUCCAACAGACAUUCCAGAAGCUGCAAGGAGUAUUGCAGGAAGAUUUCUCUGGUGAAGAUUUGCAGAUUAUAGCUUGUCCUUCCAUGGACCAGGUUAAUCUGCUAUUGUCAGCUUCCAAUUAGAGCUGUUGUCACGCAAUGAAGAGAAAAUGGGAAUAUGUCUGGCACCUGGGCAUUAACUGGUGGAGGGAAGCACUGGUAACAGACAGUACCCGGAGCAAAACAGCUGGCCGAAGAGAAGUUCUAGCAUCACUGAUUGAAAUCAGAAAGCACUACAGAACUGCGGGUAAAAGUUAUGGGUGUUUUGUGAAGAACUUAAUGUGACAUAAUUUACCCAGUCACCUCCAAACCCAAAGCUGGUCUUGAAUGGAAUGGCCCCUGUUCAUAACGUUAGGUAAAGGGCUACCUUAUGUAAAGUCAGUUCUUUAGUGUGUGACCUGCCUACCAAAGGCUCCACUUCAUUGAAAGGCUGCAGUUUCCUAAAGGAGAUUCUUAUUUCUCAAAGUCUGAAUUGUUUUUGUUUCUUUACGUGGUGAGUGUGUUUAUUUUCUCCACCUUGUACAUUGAACUUGGUACCGACAUGCUGGCCUCGAAUGUUAUAUGAACGACGCAUUAAAGGGAACAUUGAAGCGUAUGGUAUACUAGAGGAGAGUUCAAAUUGACUCCCCUUUUGUGUUACCGGUGUGUGAUCUAUAGUCACAGUUUAUUUAUUUAGCAUUCUAUACUCAGCAGGGUGAGGGAACUGAACUCUUCCCAUCUCGGACAUCCUCAUCCUGUGCAAUAUCAAAAAGUGGCACAGUGAGGUGUGGAGUAAAGUUCCCGUUCCUCUGCCUCAACUCUUCGUCUCAACCCCAAUUUAAGUAGACAUCUUUCCAUCGCCAUGCCUCUGCAGUAUCAUUGGUGCUGUUUGCAUGUGGAUUGAAACUGCCUGGACUUGUAUGAUAACAGGAGCUUUGAACCACAAUAGCUAGGGUUAGCCUAGGCCCAAAAGUGAAGUUCAGUGUCCGAAUCUGACAAUUGAUUCCGGGACAAGAGAUUUAACUGGGUGUUCCAGAGGUUGUUCUGAGAUGAGGCCAGGCGAUGUGAUUCUUAUUAUACAUCAUAGCUGCUACACCUCCUGUUCAAUUUUACUCAGUUACCAAGCCAGUGCUGACUGGCUGGUUUACUAUUCUUGUACUUUAAGCUUAGUUCCAUUUUCACAGUUCUAUAGGAGUUUGCAAACUUCUCACCUUUGUGGACCAAGCUGAAACCACAGACAGUUGGGGAAUAUCGGUUUCUUGUUAUCCAUGCACAUUCUGUCCAUUGAUUGUUACAGGACACUAACAGCAGAAGUCACAGAAAAAGACACACUGUAGUAUUGAUCGGCACAAAGAUGACUCACUAUGAAAGUUUUCAAUAGCGAUGAACAGUAAUUGUCCAUAGAUCACACUCCCAAAUGCAAACAUUGUUCUAUAAAUAUAUAAAUGCAUCAACUCUCACUUAGCUCUUAACCCACAGCAAUUUGAACUGUGAAAAACAUUUGGUAAGCAUUUUAGCAUUCACUAAUAUAAUACUAACCAAAUGAGAAUGGAGUGUGUUAAGAUACAUGAGUAAAUUAGUAUGAGAAUCUCAAUGGAAUGAUUUGGCUUGCAGAGUUUAUGCCAGUUCUAUCUAAGAACACAGGUCCUAAACCCCCGCUGUCUCCUCACUGCCUCAAUUCUCUUCUUUGGGUAAUUUCCUGAUCAAGUCCUUCGUUGCUCCCAUAUCACCACAACAAGCUAAAUUAGCAAUUGCCUUAAGGUAUUACUGCACUCUGUAAAGCAUGCUCUAUGAUUCAUUAAAUGCUCUCUGAAGCAAAGAUUAAUUUCAAAUUGCUGAAAUGAACGUAGUACAUUAGUCGUCUACCUGGUUAAAAUUUGAUUUGUCCCAUUUUUCUUUUAAUUUUUAACUUGGAUAUCCAGUCAUAAAUAAUUUAUUAAGAACUGUUUAUCAUACUUUCUAAUCCAUGCAGAUAAAUAAUUGUCUCUGAGAUGCUCAAUUGGAAGUAAAAUGCUGUGUGCAUUGAAGAGGCUGUUAAAGUUGGCAAUUGGAUUCAGUGAAAGGUUUUGGAAUUGAAGUAGUUGCUUUCAAUUAGGUCUGCACCAAGGCUUCAGAAAACUCAAUUUCCUCGCGUGCUAAUACGGUAUGAUAGGCAGACACCUGGAACGGGAAGGUCCAUCCAUGCUCGGUGAUUGAUUUCCUGUUCUAGGAUAAGCAGAAUGCCAAAGUUCCUGUUCCUCCUCCUCACCCUCCGCACUCAAAUUCCGAUGCUAACAUGAGGCACCCUCUUGGUUCUUAAGCUGUCCAAACUUUUGUAGCUGGAAUUAUUAAUUCCAGAAAUCAUCCAGUUGACUGCCGAAUAAGACAUUCUAUGAGAUUAAAAAUCUUAUCUGUUUUAUUUUACUGGUUGUCCAGAAAGUUUGCAGGUUGCAUUGUUAAAACAGCUUGCAUCGAAACAUGUCCUGUAAUAUGUAUGUAUAUGUUGUUAAAUAACAGUGAUUUUCUCUAUAAAAUAAUUAGGGGGAACUGCACGAUGUAUAUAUUUGGUUUCUUGGUAUGGAACAAAAUGACAUUUUACUACUGUAAAUAAUUGUGGGCAAGCGUUACCAGAGUUAUUCUAAAGGGUGUAUCUUCAUUUUAUACUUUAGAAACAUUUUUUUAGUUUUAAUUCCUAGUUAGUGCUUACAGUAGUCUAUUUCGGAGACAGGUACAGCUAACGAGAUCCCAUUCACUGAUUCUGAUUACAUUAUUUUUGGGUGUUUUAAAGGGUUUACAUAAUGUAAAUUGUAUGUACAUAGAAAUUAAUAAUAUAAACUUGCCUGUCCACAGUUUCUCAAUGCAAUCUGACAGUUUUAAUAAAAACAUUUUCAAGAA